AUGUUUGAGGAAAUUUAGCUGAGUGGAAUCGUAGCCAAAGAAAUAGCAUCUUAUUCCAAUAUUACAUUAAUGGGAAACUAGGUGGAAGAACAUUUUAAAUGCACAGAUUAAUCGAUUACUUAAUUAAUAGAAGAGAUCAUUUAUGUUGUAAAAGUUACGAAUGGUCAGACUGUAUCAAUUCAUAAAUACGAUAUGAAGGAUUUAUUUAACAAAUCAAUAUAGUUGAGUAGCGAGUACUUUAACUUUUCUCAUUUAAUUACUCAGAAUGGUUGCGUUAUCAUGAGAGACCAGGAUACACCUUAUUUAUUUGUAGUAACACAAACAGGAUAAAUCUUUUAUAAGAAUUUAAUAUCAUAUGAAUCUAGAAUAAUUAACAAUUUAAUGGUGGACAAUCAAAGACUUAUGUGUCUGGCUAAACCACUCAUAUACAAUGAUUAGAUCAAAUUUUAUGUAUUGAGCGAUACUGACUUUUUAAAUUUUAUAACUAUUGAUGUAAGAAGAGGUGAAAUUGCGAAAAGCAAAUAUCAACUGAGUUUUGGUACCAAAUUUUUGAGUAAAUUUUUUGGCAAUUAAACUAAUGAUUGGAGGACUGCUUUUUAAAUUAGUGAAAAACAAAUAAUCCACUACUCCUUUUAAACAUAGUUCCAUUUACUUGAGAUCAAAGGAUCUGAUAUUACUUGUAGACAUUUAUAAAUUGAGGAUAAUAUCAAAGUCAAAUAAAUAGAGGUGUUUUAGCAUAAACCCAAUGGUUAAAUUACUUUAUGUUAUCUUCAAUAGAAUCAGUUGAAAAUAUAUUCGCUUAUUGGAAAUUCUUUAAGAAUAAAUUGUGUAAUCUCCUAAUUAGAUUUCUUAUUAAACAUCACCUUUAAUAUUAGCAGCAUCUAAAACUCAAUAAUUUUGAUUUAAGGAUGUGAAAUCUAUUAAUUAAAUAAUGAAAAUCCUUCUUUUCAAUUAGUAAAUUAAAAUAAAUACCCUGUUUUAGGUUAUAUAAACCAAGAUGAUUAAUUGUUAUUGUUUUAUAAAAAUCAUAUUUCAUUUAUUAAUUAAGUUUAAAAUCAGUUUAGUAGAAUAUAAUAUUAGUUAAGGCAAGAGAUUUAUAAGUUUAAAAAGGAUGUUGAGAAUUAAAAAAAAUUAAAAGAUGAGGAGCUGAUCCUGCAAUCGAUCUCCAUUGAAGUCUAUAUAAAAAAUAAGUUUGAUCAAUUCUAGACUCUGUUGAAAUUUAUGCAUCGCAGUUUAGACUAGAAGAAGGUAAUCCAAUUGAUGAAACGACAAUAUAACAAUUUUUGCAUUGAAGACUUUAUGAACCAACUAUUAGAGGAACUGGAAGAUCUUUAUUAUUAUUUGAAGCCAACCAUCUAAAUGUUAGAAUUGAAUUUCCAUAAGAUCUACAACCAAUUGAGAGAAUAACUCAGCCGUUUAGAUCAUUUCUUAAUGCAUCUCUAUUCUAAUUAAUUCUACCCCUAAUAAGAUUCCAUAUAGGAUCAAUCAGUUAAGUUAUCGUUGCUCAAAUCCUUAGUAAUAAAUCAACUGAAAGACUAUUACUAUAUGUAUUUGGAAAUAUAUUUAGGUCUAGCUGUCAUAGUCAACAUUUCCAACAUAUAAUUUGAUCUUAAACAUAACCACUAAUUGUUUUAUGCCACAAUGCUUCUAUUGACUUUAUUUUAGGAGAAGUCUUACAUAUCCUUUUAAAAUCUAGUAAAAAAACAAUUCCAAAUUGUUUCUAGGGAUAUUUCAUUACAAAAUUUAACUGCUAUUCAGAAUGUUGUAGACAGAUUUAUUAAUAUAAUCUCUGGCGAAGUAUUCAGAGACUUCGCUAUUCCAGAAGAAUUAUUAUGUGAGAAUUUCCAAUAGAAUUAACAAAAGUCACUCAUAAAUAAAAAUAAUGCGAAGGAACUAAUUAGGUAUUACUAAGUGAGUUAAUGCAUUGGAUAUUAACAACAUAAUAUCCUUGAAUUUAUCAAUGAAAAUGAAGAUCAAUACUAAGAAUUAAAAUUGAGAAUUUCAUUCUAUCUGUAAUAAUAACAUAGUCUUUAAAACCAAGAUGAAUAGGAAAUUAUAUUGAAAAAUUUGAUAGGUUACGCUAUUAAAUAGGAAGAACAUCAGCUUUUAUUUUAAAUUCUUAAUUUGAACGAAACAAAAAAAAUAACUAAUCAAUUGGUUGAGAUGAUUGAUAGUUAUCAUUUAUAUAAAUGUCAAUUAACUGCAAGAACGACUGAUCAAAUUGCAGAAUUGUUACUUCAAUAUUCACGUGAGAAAUGUCGUAAUUUGAUGAAUGCUGAAAAAGUUCUUCAGUACUUUAGUUUUCUAAUGAGACAGGAAUCCAAAGACAAAGCUUUAACACUAUUAUUUGAGUAUAUUGUAAAUUUGGAGAUGUUGCUAUUCACCUUAAAAAGUAGGAAAGUAUCUCGAGCAGUUAAGAUUUAAUUAGAUUAUAUAAAAUUAUUGUUGAGUUAAAUGCAAUUAUCAAGUAAACAAGACUAAUAUCCUUACUGUCAAUAAUUAGUUUGUAAACUUAGCAAUUAGAAUUAUGAGUAGUUUAAGAAUCCAAGCAUUAUAAAUGAUAAAUCUGAAAUCGAUUAAAAAUCUCCUGAAAAUAUUAAGAUUGUUAAUUUAGAGCAGAUAAUAAAAUUUAAGAAAUACAAAGAAAUUUAAAAUUUUGUUUGUCUUAAUUACAUUCCUUAUGCAUAACUCAAUAAAGUAGUAGAAUAACUGAUACUCAAUGGACAUCUGAAAUGA